GUGCCUGCACCACCAAGCAGAACAGCGCCAAAGUCACCAUGAAGACCACACUCGCCACCGUCGCUCUCCUGGUCCUGGUUCUGGGCUGGAGCUCUGAGGCCGUGCAGGUCCAGGAGAACGGCUUGUCCUUCUCCCUGGAGGCCGUCAAAAGGCUGCAGGAGAUGUCGGGGAGCGGCAACCCUCGCCUCAGGUCCAGCUCCUCGUCCAUGUGCGAGGACCCCAUGCUGCCCCAGGAGCUCCUGCCCCUGUGCAAACAGAAGGGGGCGUCGGCCUCUCUCGCCAGACUAGCCGUGGUGCCUCUGGACGUCUGCGAGAUCUGCGCCUUCGCCGCCUGCACUGGCUGCUAAGCUAACACGCUAACAUGAAUUAUUACCAAUAGCUCGUUUUCUUUUUCCUUUUCUUCAGUUUGCCAUUUUCUUGUCAACAUGAGAGCGAAAGGAGAAAGUUUGUUACUUUGAGCGUUUGAGCCCUUUUUUCCUGUCGCUUUGAUGUUAUGUUUCGUUACAUUUCUCCCCCACCAGUCUAUUUAAAAUGUCUUCAUCCUGUUUUUA